AUGAAAAGUAAUUAUCGUAAUACUUCUUUUGGGUAACACAGUAUUUCGGAUAAUUCUGAUACUCAGAGAGAUGUGGAAUUGGAGGAUAUUGAUAUGAGUAAAAUGAAUCAUUAUACAUUCUACCAAUCUAUCAAUGCCUAACAAACAUAAUAUGAAUAGAUUGAAGGAGAAAUCUUCAUUUUAGAGGUCCUGCAAAAUAUUGUUCACAAGACUAUCAAAAUUGCAGCGGAUAAUGAAAUAAAUAGAAAGAUUCCACCCACUACAGCAACUGCUGCCUUAGAACUAAUCAUCUUACCUCUAACACAAUCUUUUAAUCGACCUGAAGAUCCAAAACCAGACUUUAAGACUGGUGGAUUAUCUGAAGACUAUGAACCUGUAAAAGAAUAAUGGUUGACAGCAAAUAUGAUAGUAGAAUAAUAACAACCAGCACCAAUUAGUAGACAAUUAACUACUGCUUAAACCUUAGUUAGAUAAAAGUUGAAUGAUUAAACUCAAAUAAAAAAAGAAUAGAAGCAAUUAGAUCCUAUGCCAAUUGAUCUCGAUGAUCCACUAGAUAUUAGUAUAACAGAAGAAAAACUGAGAACAGCUAAAGAACGAUAGACAUUAGAACGCCAAUAAUUGUACGAGCAGGAAAAGAGAAGGAAAAUAAAAUUAGAACAGGAAGAGUAACUGAAAUACGAAAUUAUUGCCAAAGAUAAGAAGUCAAAGUAAUUUACCUACGAUUAUGAUGGGAAAUUAAUACCAGUUACCACGACUAAAAUAACUAAACUACCUCCAUCGACAUCCACUUUAGUAUCCAAAUUCGAGGAAGAUACAGUUACUAAACUAGCACAAAAAAAGAAACAAUACAAUAAGAUAAAUAUGAUAGGGAAGAGAAAUGAUGAAGACAAAGAGACUUUUAAAUUUAAUUAAUUAGCUCCCUUAGUUAUUGAGAACAUGAAUCUGUAAUCUGGGGUGACCAUUAAUUAUGAAGGUCGUCUAAAAGAAGGACUUAAAACUCAUACUAUUGAUUUAAAUAAUAUGAGUAAUCCUUGUUUAAGGAUGGCGAGACUUGAGUAUUUGGGAUUAACACAAAUAAUGAAUUCCAAUAGAAACCAAGUGAAUAGUGUGAAUGUCAAGGCUGAGGAUAAGGAAGUUAAGUAAGCUACUAAUUUUAAUUAUGAGAAACUGAAACGAUUUACUUAAUAGUCUCAUACAAAAUAAGGUUAAAUUAAAAUUAAUUCAACUAAAAUUUAUGAUUAAUUGGCUUCAACUUUGUUUGAAGAAGAGUCAAUGACAUCCAGUCCUAUUAAAAGAUCAUUUGAAGGGGCAUAGAAGUUGUUAAAGAAUCCCAUAGAUUAAUUUAACCUUUCUUUGUAUUAGAAUACCACUUGGGGAAAGGAAACAUAAAAUUCAAAUGCAGCCUACUCAAAAUUGAUAACAAAUAAGGCAAUUGAUAAAGAUCUAAAGAUGACAAUUGGGAAUAAGGAUAAAAGACCUAGAGAACGUAAAUUUUACUCAGAAGGCACUACAUUACCUAGCAUUAGAAGUUAACGUGUUUUAUAUUAAAUGUGA